CUGUGUAACCCAUCUCUUUAACCCCACAAGAUCUCAACUCUACCGUCCGAUUCGAGAAGACGAAGUUUCUAGAAUGAUGGAGAAGAUAUCAAAAUCAUCAUCCACUUCAAAACCCAUCAAUCUGACCCGGGACAUUAUGUGUUUUACAAGCGCAGUCAUCUGUCGAGUUGCUUUCGGGAGAAGGUAUGAGGAUGAAGGAGAUGAAAUGAAUAAAUUUCAGGAAAUUUGUAACGGAACUCAAGCCAUGCUUGCGGGUUUCUUCGUGUCCGACUAUUUUCCCUUAAUGAGAUGGGUUGAUAGACUAAUCGGAAUGCUUUCUCGCCUUGAAAAAGUUUACAGAGAAGCAGAUGGUUUCUAUCAACAGAUCAUCGAUGAUCAUCUUAAUCCAAAGCAGCAGAAGCCGGAACAGGAAAAUAUCAUUGAUGUCUUGUUGAAAAUCAUGAAGAACCCUGAGUCUUCUUUAAAUCUCUCUUUUGAUCACAUCAAAGCGGUUCUCAUGAAUGUAUUUGUGGCUGGGACGGAUACCAGUGCGGCGGCAGUGAUUUGGGCGAUGACCUUUCUAAUGAAGCAUCCAGGAGUCAUGAAGAAAGCUCAAGAGGAAGUCAGGAAUUUAAUUGGAAACAGAGGAAUUGUAAACGAAGAUGAUAUUGAGCGUUUACCAUACCUAAAAGCGGUGGUUAAAGAGACAUUCAGACUGCAGACCGUAGUUCCAUUACUAGUACCACGAGAAACAAUUCGAAGCUGCAACCUUGGAGGGUACGAAAUUCCGGCCAAAACCUUAAAAGCAACGUUUUGGGGGGCUGAAGAUCAGUACCUGAAAACAAUUCCGUUUUGAUAAUGCAAAUACAACAGCAGUAUGGAAAAAAGUACACUUCUCUGCAAGGAGAGAACAAAAUUUCCCAUUUUAAUGGGGAUAUAUAAAACUUAUUAUGACUUCCGAGGCCGUCCUCUCUUACCGAUUUUCCCCGAAGUGGAUUGCACGCUUUUACUAGAAGAAGGUGGGCGGCCCCUUCCACGCCCACUACCUUUUCCCCGUGGCGUUUUACCACGACCCCUGACACGCUGCCUCUUCUGCUCAGCCUGCCCAUUGGACUGUUCUUCACUACUGUCAGUCGCCACGUCACUACUCUCAUCGUCCUCUUCAUCUUCUGAAUCAGAGACCUUCUUUGACUUCUUCCGCUUCUUUGUGUAACUGGAUGCCUUAGUACCACCUUUUCUAUUAUUUUGCUUAGAAAUUGGACUAUUGCUCACUGGUU